UAUUAAAAAUACUUUUAACCAUGGGUCUAUGUUCAACAGAUUGUCCAAUGAGAUUGCAGUAUUCAAAUAGUAGGUGUUCAGUAUUCAGUUUCUAGGCUGACGUUACCUGUCCAGGUUCAUACCUGGCAUAUAUUCUCAACAACACUGAGUGCACUCCACCAGUAAAUCGACUGAAGGCUUUGCAAGACGAAGAAAUCAAUAACAAAACGAGAGGGAGAUGUUGCAUUCCAGUUUAAGAGACUGCAAGGCUUGGCAGGAUAUUGGUCUUCCUCUUUCCACAACCAGCAAUGAGGCCUGCAAAAUGUAUGACGCUCUCCUGACUCAGUGGAUCAGAUGGAAGAACAUUCCGAGUUUUGGGGGAAUUGAGGGUUGCAGGUCUCGAAUGCGAGCUGCAGAUCCAAAUUUUGUGAUGGGGCAUGUAAUAAUAAAUGGACUAGAUCUGCUUGGCACAGGACACUCUGUGUUGACGGAUAGAAACCUUGAUGCUGCUGUCAAGGGGAUGGUUGAACUUUCAAAGACACAAAAUAUCACUGAGCACGAACGUCUCCAUGUGGAGGCACUGGAACUAUUUGCAAAAGGGUCUCUUCCAAAAGCAUGUAAUGUCUGGGAACAAAUCAUUCUCUAUAACCCAACUGAUAUGCUGGCAAUUAAGUUAUUGUAUGAUUCCUACUUUUAUCUGGGCUACAGUACACAAUUAAGAGAUUCUGUUGCACGAGUUCUUCCUCACUGGACACCACAAAUUCCACUAUAUGGUUACUUGCAAGGGAUGUAUUCAUUUGCACUGGUGGAGACAAACUUUUAUGAUCUGGCAGAAAAAACAGCUAAAGAGGGCCUUGGCUGCAACCCCCAUCUGGUUCAUUCCCUUGCACACGUGUAUGAGAUGCGUGCAGAUACAGAUGGUGGGAUAAAAUUUAUGAAACAGACCGAAGACAGAUGGCAGGACUGUGAUAUGAUUUCCAGUGAUAAUUACUGGCACUGGGCACUCUACCACAUUGAAAAGGCUGAAUAUGAAGCAGCACUCGACAUCUUUGAUACUCAUAUUGCCAAAAAUUGUUGCAAGUCUGGGUUAUUGCUGGAUAUAGUGGACAUAUGCUCUAUGUUAUAUCGACUCCAAAUGGAAGAGAGAUCUCUAACCUCUUGCUAAUCCAUGCUGCUUUAAAAUCAGACAGCAAAUCUCAUCAGAAACUUGCUAGGUGCUUACUGGUGGAGAGAGAUGCUCUUAGGCCAAACUCCUCCAUGACUGAAAGACUCAUCCGCAAAGCCACAGCCCUGCAUAAUGUAGACUAAAUCUUGAGGAAACGCAAACAUCUAAAAUUAGGAUGUUAUUUUAAUUCAGCUUAAUUGACGUAAUGGAGACUAAAAGAUGGGAGAGCCCAACUCGUCCAUGCCUGACCAAGAUUCCCAUCUAACCUAGUCCCAUUUGCCCGCGUUCAGCCCAUAUCCCUCCAAAUCUCUUGGACAGGUACAUGGAAAAUGUCUCAAACACUUAUUCUUGCAGCUCGUUCCAUAUACACACCAACCUCAGCAUGUAGUCGUCCCUUAGGUCCCUUUUAAAUCUUUUCCCUCUCAUUUUAAAUUUAUGCCCUCUAGUUUUUGAAUCCAUUUCCUAGGAAAAAGACUGUAUACAUUCACCCUAUCUGUGCCCCUCAUGAUUUUAUACAUCUCUAUAAGGUCACCCCUCAGUCUCCUACACUCCAAAAAAAUAAAGUCCAAACCUGCCCAACCUCUCCCUAUAACUCAGGCCCUUCAGUCCUGGCAACAUUCUCAAAUCUUCUCUGCACUCUUUCCAGCCUAACGUAAUCUUUCCUGUAACAUGGGAACCAAAACUGUACAUAGUACAUAUGGCCUCAACAAUAUCUUGUACAAAUGCAACAUAAUGUCCCAACUCCAAUACUCAAUGCCCUUACUUCCGAACAGCAGCAUUCCAAACACCUUCUUUACCACCAUGUCCACCUGUGAGGACACUUUCAGGCAAUUUGUACCCCUAGGUCCCUCGCUUCUACAACACUCCCCAGGACUUACUGCGAAAGUCCUACCCUGGUUUGAACUUCCCAAAAUACAAAACCUCGCACUUGUCUGAAUUGAACCCCAUUUGCCAUUUCUUGGCCCACUUACCUAGCUGAUCAAUAUCUCCCUGUAAUUUUUGAUAACUUUCUUCACUAUGAUACCACCUAUUUUAAUGUAAUGAGAAACUUACUAAACCACACCUUGUACAUUCUCAUCCAAGAAGUUUGUACAAUUUACCAACAAUGGGCUCAGCAGAUUCCUGUGGCGCAGCACUAACCUCAGGCCUCCAGUCUGAAAAAGCAACCUUCUACAUCACCCUCUGCUUCCUACCAUCAAGCCAAUUAUGUAUCCACUUUGCUAGCUCUCCCUGGAUCCCAUGCUAUCUAACCUUCUAGACUAGUUUUCCAUGUGGGACCUUGUCAAAGGCCUUGCUGAAGUCCCUAUAGACAACCUCCAUCAUCCUCCUUUAUCAAUUCACUUGGUUACCUCUUCUAAACCAAAACACUAACAGAUUUGACAGACAUGAUUUUCUGCACACAGAGCCAUGUUGACUAUCCCUAACCAGUCCUCAUCUAACCAACUGCUGGUAGAUCCUGUCCCUCAGAAUCCCCUCCAGUAACUUACCCACCAAUGAUGUCAGGCUCACCAGCCUGUAGUUCCCUGGCUUGUCUUUGUUGCUUUUUUUUUAAAAUAAAAAGGUACAACAUUAGCCACCCUCCAAUCCUCCAGAACUUCACUCAUGGCUAAAGCUGAUGCAAAUAUCUCUGCAAGGACUUCCACAAUUUCUUCCCUGGCUUUCCACAAGGUUUGAAUAUGCACUCAGUCAGGCACUGGGGAUUUAUCCACCUUAAAUGUGUGUAAGAGAGGGGAUAAGGCAGAGCAGUGGAGGAAAAGUGGAAGAUGAUGGCUGGAGGAAAACAAAGGGAAUGUGAAGGGGGGAAUGAGAGGAAGAGCAGUAGUUGGAAAGAGGGGAGUACGAUGCUGAUUUAAUUAUUACCUGGGGAACUGACCUUUUUUGUCAGUGGUAGGAGAGAGAACUCAAAGGUUCUAAAGGUUUUCAAUGUUGCAAUGGCUGGCAAUUUCCAUAAGUAGUCUUUUAACUUGGAAUGCAGCUUGGUGGGUUAAGCUGCAAUAUUUUCAUGCUUUCAGAUUUAAGCAUUGUGGGAGGGGAGAGGGGAGCUUUGGCCAAAGGUUUAAAUUGGGCUUUGUAAGCUAUUAAUCAAUAAAUGUAUUAACAGAU